AGCACAGCCGGGACCGCUCCCCGCCCUCCCUCCCCGAGGGCCCGCCGCGGCCGCACCAGGCUGGAGUCCAGCUGCGAUGCCCCGGUCCUCCCCGGCGUCCUCAGCCCCGCCACCUGCCACCUGCUCGCUGGGGAAGAGGACGUGCAGAGGAGCUGCUGGCACACCCACAGCCCUCUGACCUCGACCCAAGUAUGCAGGCCCCACCCUGCAGCCGCCCAGCGGGGCUCAGCCUGGACGACUUCAUCCCUGGCCACCUCCGUGUAGGGUCAUUCUCCAGGGGGACUCGGGUACCUGUGAUCCGGAAUGGUGGCUCCAACACCCUUAAUUUCCAGUUCCAUGAUCCUGCGCCCAGGACUGUGUGCAAUGGGUACUUCCCAACCAGGAGCGAGGCUUCCCGGCACCCAGACCCGGCUUGGUAUCAGACCUGGCCAGGCCCUGGGAGCCGGCCCGCGGGGACCCAGAAGACCCCCGCCUCCCAGCAUCCCCAGAACUGGUCAGCCACGUGGACCAAGGACAGCAAACGCCAGGAUAAGCGCUGGGUCAAGUACGAGGGAAUCGGGCCCGUGGAUGAGAGCGGCAUGCCCAUUGCCCCCCGAUCUAGUGUGGACAGCCCUAAGGACUGGUACCGGAGAAUGUUCCAUCAGAUUCACCGGAAAAUGCCAGACCUGAAUCUGGACUGGACCUUCGAGGAAGCACCCAAAGUGGCUUCCUCCUGUGCCACCUCUGCAGACUCAAGGUGUCCAGGGCCCCAGCAAAGACCUGCAUCCCGGCCAAGCCAGGCCUCCUCUCUGAGCGGAAGAAGCUGGGACCCCUCUGAAGAGUUUCCUAGAAGCACCUUCAACUGUAACCCUGGAGCAUUCUCCUCCCUGCCCAGGACCCCAAAUCAGGUGCCCCGACGCAGAGAGAAAGCAGAUAAUGUCUGGGCAGAAGAAUCUUGGAACCAGUUUAUGCAAGAACUAGAGACUGGGCAGAAGCCCAAGAAACCUCUGGUGGAUGACCCUGCUGAGAAGCCCUCCCAACCCAUUGAGGUCCUGCUGGAGAGAGAGCUCGCCAAGCUGAGCGCGGAGCUGGACAAGGACCUGCGGGCCAUUGAGACCCGGCAGACAUCUCCCAAGGGUUCCCAGGUGCCCCGACAGCCCCCGGAGCCACGGUGCUCCGCGCGCCCGGCCUCUGCCUGUAGCCUCAGCAACCCGAAUGCACUUUACCGGGGCUCCUCCUGGCCCCUGAGCCCCCACAGAAUGGCGGAUGGAGGAAGCCCCUUCCUAGGUCGUAGGGAUUUUGUCUACCCUGCCUCAGCCCGAGACCCUAGUGCCUCUGAACGAGGGGUCAGCCCUGCCAGGAAGGAAGAAAAGAAGAGGAAGGCUGCCAGGCUCAAGUUUGACUUCCAGGCACAGUCCCCCAAGGAGCUGACCCUGAAGAAGGGUGAUAUUGUCUACAUCCACAAGGAGGUGGACAAGAACUGGCUGGAGGGGGAGCACCAUGGCAGGCUGGGCAUCUUCCCUGCUAACUACGUGGAGGUGCUGCCUGCAGAUGAAAUCCCCAAGCCGCACAAGCCCCCGACCUACCAGGUGCUGGAGUAUGGAGAAGCCGUGGCCCAGUACAAUUUCAAGGGGGAUCUGGAGGUGGAGCUGUCCUUCCGAAAGGGGGAGCGCAUCUGCCUGAUCCGAAAGGUGAACGAGAACUGGUAUGAGGGCCGCAUCUCGGGCACCGGGCGCCAGGGCAUCUUCCCGGUCAGCUACGUGCAGGUGUGCCGAGAGCCCCGGCUCCGCCUCUGCGACGAGGGCCCCCAGCUCCCUGCGUCUCCCAGCAUGAGCGCCGCCCGGCUGGCUGCCCGUCACCCCAGCUCCCCAGUAACACCACGCAGCCCAGCUGAUCCCACCGAUUGGGGGGGCCGGACCUCCCCCCGCCGCACCGGCUUCUCCUUCCCGGCCCAGGAGCCCAAAUCCCAAACCCAGAGUCUCAGCACCCCUGGGUCUUCUCUGUCCCAUCCUGGAGGUUCCAGCCGUGCUGUGGACCUGGGGACCUCCUCCCACAACACCACUCAGAUUAACUGGACCCCGUGUCUCCCGGAGGACCCAGAAAUUUGGGACAUUCCCUGGAAAUUAUGUAGCUCCGGUGUGAGAGGUCUCCAUGGCAACUCAGAGCCCGGCCAGGAUGGAGUGGAGAGCAGUAGCUCUUCUCAGAGGGAGAGAGGACCCCCUUCCCACAUCUUCCUCCCCAGGACCUGGCUGCUGGCAUCUGCAGACACCCCAACAGCCUUUCCCUUGGAGCCCCCUCGGAGCCCCCCGGACUGACUCCCACCCACAGCUCACAAGCAUUCCUCUCGCAGUCCUUUUAUUUCCUCCCCUACCCAGUUCCCCAAAUACAGAGGUCUGCUUUGAAGUGGAGACUGUUUCCCGGCCUUAUUGAGACCAGACCCCCGAGUCCCCCGCCCCCACCCUGCCGUGGCGUUUCCUCUAACAGGGACUGGCUCCCAGCUUCACCCCCAUGGGGUUCCUCUAACAAGGAGCAGCUUCCUAACCUCAUAGAGACCAAAGGCCGCCCCGCCCGCAGGGGAUUCCUCCCUGUCACUCCAGCUGGUCUGCUGCCCCUUUGCCUUCCUGCUUCCAGCUGGGCCUGGGAGUGGGGUGGGGGUGGGCACAGCCCCUCUUGAGCACUUGGGGCCUGGCAAAAGGUCUUACCUGAAGGCCCCCUUUUCCCAAAAGCUGCCAAGCCCUGGGCCUGGGUGACCUGCUACUGUAGUGCCCAGAAGGUCGGGCCUCAGAGGUCGUGCCCUCCUGCCUCCCCAGCUCCCCCCAGCCCUCAGGUCCCCUCUGGAAGAGAAUGUAAAAUAAAUGUGGCUACGGGGA